AUGGGUGUCCCGGCACUGUUUCGCUGGCUUAGCAAAAAGUACCCUAAAAUUGUAUUGCCUGUAGUCGAGGAGGAAGAGGUGAAAGUACCGGAUGCCGAAGGCAAUGAAAUUGCGAUCCCCGUGGACAUUUCGCACCCUAAUCCGAACGGCAUGGAGUUUGACAACUUGUAUCUGGACAUGAAUGGUAUUGUCCAUCCCUGUACGCACCCGGAGGGCAAGCCUGCUCCGGAAACUGAAGAGGAAAUGAUGGUGGAAAUUUUCAAGUACACCGAGCGCGUCGUCAACAUGAUUCGGCCUCGUCGGUUGUUGUUCAUGGCUAUAGAUGGUGUUGCUCCUCGCGCUAAGAUGAACCAGCAACGGUCCAGACGAUUCCGUUCUGCGCAGGAAGCAAAAGAAAAAGAGGAGGCUCGGAAGGAAGCCGUCGCCAUGUGGGAAGCUAUGGGGAAGACUCUUAGUGAUGAAGAAAAGAAUAAGAGACCGUGGGAUUCGAAUGCCAUCACUCCUGGUACACCCUUUAUGGAUCUUCUUGCAACAUCUUUGCGUUACUGGGUAGCAUACAAGAUGAGCACAGACCCCGGUUGGAAACAAAUGGAAGUAAUCAUAUCCGACGCAAGCGUUCCCGGCGAAGGAGAACAUAAAAUUAUUGAGUGGAUCAGACGUCAACGGUCAAAUCCUGGGCACGAUCCCAAUACUCGCCAUGUGAUAUAUGGAUUGGACGCGGAUCUGAUCAUGCUCUCACUAGCUACUCAUGAACCUCAUUUCAGAGUUUUGCGGGAGGAUGUUUUCUUCCAAGAAGGUAGUCGCACAGCGUGCCGAAUAUGCGGUCAAGAAGGACACUAUGCUGCACAAUGUACUGGAGAGAAGGCAUCUAUCAAAAAGACUCCUCCGGAGAAGAAACCUUUCCUUUUCCUCGAUGUUUCUAUCUUGCGCGAGUAUCUUGAAGCCGAGCUUAAAGUGUCACAGGCGCCUUUCCCGUUCAAUCUUGAGCAAGCGAUUGAUGACUGGGUGCUGCUCAUCUUCUUCGUCGGGAACGAUUUCUUGCCUCACUUGCCAUCACUUGAGAUCAGAGAGGGAGCCAUAGAUAUACUGCUGAAGAUUUGGCGAGAUGAAUUACCAAGGAUGGGUGGCUAUAUGACCAAUCAUGGUCAUGUCGAGUUGUCGAGAGCCCAGAUUAUUCUUGAGGGUCUUGCAAGGCGUGAGGACGAGAUUUUCCGGCGAAGGCGUGAAGCGGAAGAACGUCAAGACCAGAGUGCGAAGCGUCGUAAAUUGGACAAGAACGUAACAACUAAUGGCUCUUCUGUCGGGCCCUCAUCGUCCCUUAAUCUGACCGUGCCUCCUACUGCUCCGUCUAAAACGUUGAUGCCACUUACUCAUCAUCCGCUACCUCCUCGACCCGUCACCACUGAUUUUGCCGUCAAAGCAGAUAGCAUCGGCCUCGGCGGGCCUAAGUCUGUCCAAGCUGUACAGCUUGCGCCCACUGCUGCUCAAGCGUUGGCGGGUUCUAACCAUGAUGUUGUCGCGAAUCGGCGCUUCAUUCGCAUGGCGAAUAUGAGUGCUGCUGAGAUGCUCAAGGCCGAACUGGCUGGUCUAACGCCGUUGAAGCCGUCAUCGCCGUUAAAAUCAGGCGGCUCAGCAUCUACGCCUUCUACACCAUCUGUUCCCCCACCUGCUGAGACUUCGCAGACAUCAUCUGUGGUCAGACAUUCCCCCAUCGUUGCCGAGAGCAGUGCAUCAAUGACCUCGAAAGAAGUGGUAGCAGUUGAUGCUGAUGCCGAAGGAGAGCCUGAUGCUGAUGUCACACCUAUGGAAGAUGACACUACUCUUAACGAUAACGCAAACAGUUCUGUGCUUGGCAAACGAAGUAUUGAAGAGGUUGAAAACGAUGAAGAGGAGGAAGAUCUCGGUUCCGACGAUGAUGCACCUCCGGACGCGUCGGACGCUUUAGCAUACAAGGUGAAUGCUGACGGAACCGUCGAGCAGGAAGAUUUGGUCAAGUUAUGGGAGCCUGGAUAUAAGGAACGAUAUUACCGACAGAAGUUCGGCGUGGAGUAUAGUGAUGUUGCGUUCAGAAAGGAGGUUACGAAGCAUUAUGUUGAAGGCAUCGCUUGGGUGCUACACUAUUACUACCAAGGGGUUCCUUCAUGGCAGUGGUACUACCCAUAUCAUUUUGCGCCUUUCGCUGCCGAUUUUGUAGAUGUCAAGACGAUGGACAUCAAGUUCAAUCCUGGCCAACCUUUCAAGCCAUUUGAGCAACUGAUGAGCGUCUUCCCAGCUUCUAGUCGUCAACACAUUCCAAGUGUCUUCCACGAACUCAUGUUGAACCGGACAUCACCAAUCAUCGACUUCUAUCCGGCUACAUUUCAAAUCGACAUGAAUGGCAAGAGGAUGGCGUGGCAAGGCGUAGCACUCCUCCCAUUUAUUGAUGAGAAGCGUCUGCUUGAAGCCAUGAGCCCUCGUUAUCCCGAUAUGACUGACGCGGAGAGGCGGCGCAACACAUUGGGGAAUAAUGUCAUAUAUGUGUAUGAAGAGCAUUCUUUAUAUCCGUCUUUGGAGGCUUUGUACGGCAAGCGUAAGAGCAAGGAGCCCGUACCCAUAAACGUCAAGGCGAGCAAAGGAUUAUGUGGAAGCCUGCUUCCGAAUCCCGAUUGCACACCUGGAGCAAACUAUUACUGCCCUCUCCCUAAUCAGGGCCUUCCUGACAUCAAGAACGACCGAUCACUCUCUGCUUUCUACUUCUUUCCCAAGCAACUGACUCCCCAUCGCUCUAUUCUACUGCCCGGUGUUAAGAGGUCGCACCCUGUCCUUACAGAAGCUGAUCGAGAGACUGCAAGGCGUGGAGGUCGCGGCCGUGGACGAGGUGACCACGGAUCGUCGCGGAAUGGUCGAGGGCCGCCGUAUGGUGGACCCCCUUCCUAUAAUUCUGGUUCCCACAACAAUGGUCGCCACUUCGAAAGUCGAGACAAUGAUUAUCAACAUGGAGGGUCGUACAACCAGUCCUACCAGCAAACAUCUUAUGCGCCGCACCAGCAACAAUCUUAUCGAGGUCAAGGAGCUCGAGGCGGCCAGCAGUACUACGGCGCGUCAGCAGGAAGCCGUGGUCGCGGUGCACCAAGGGGUCGUGGCUAUGACACUCCGCAUGAUGGUGGGUAUACGAAUGGCCCAGGGGGCUAUGGUACAGGGUCCAGGGGUGGGUACGGAGGGUAUGGAGGAAGUGGAUAUGUUGCCCCGAAUGGAUACGGUGGUGGUAGUGGAUAUGGGAGCUAUGGCGGAUACAAUGGACCUCCCCAGAACCGUGGUGGAUACAACCCCAGCUCAUAUGGUAAUCCGCAGGGCAGUUCGUACAACGCCAGAGGGAGAGGACGAGGACGAGGGGGACGGUAUUAA